CCGAUCGACAAUUCGAUACCGUCCGACUCCCAUCCAUCCGUUCGGUCCAUCCGCAUCUCUAGUCCGCGCGAGGACCGCUCCGAUUUCCGCUACACCCCUCACUCAGGGCUAGAUUUCUCAAACGUCACAGCCGAGCACGCACACAAACGAUCCAGCGUCUCGUCCCUCCAGAUCUGACGCGAUACCCACACGUAUCAUGGCCUAGCUCUCCACUUAUCUAUACUGUAUCCACCACCCCUCAAGUUAUACCGCCGAACGCUCGUUCUAUGCAAUCAUUUCGGCGCGUCAUUCGCACGCAUUCCAGAAGCUUCCAAGAUUAAAUCGCGGUUGCAUCCUCUUUCCAGCUCCAUUCACUACCAUUCCUCUCUAUCAAUUCCCUCCACGUCUCCAACCUCGACGACCCCUAGCUCCGGAAGCUUUGACCUUUACCCACCACCGCCGCCGCCGCAGCCAUGCCGAAGAACGACAAGGGGUUGAUGAACAAAUAUGUCUACGACGCGUUUCUGUGGACCUUCUCCAUACUCGUGGAGCUCUUCUUCCGAGAAGUGCAUCCGAGGAGUUCGUGGAAGAUUCCCAAGGAGGGGCCGGUGCUGUUUGUGUGCGCUCCGCACGCGAAUCAGUUCGUCGACCCCCUCAUCCUCAUGCGCUGCGUGAAACAGGAAUCCGAUCGCCGCAUCCACUUCCUCAUCGCCGAAAAAUCAAUGAAGCGCAGAUUCAUAGGCACAAUGGCAGGACUCACCGGCGCCGUAUCCGUGGGACGAGCAAUGGACUCCAUGAAGCCAGCGGUUGGCAAAAUAUACCUGCCCGACCCGGUCAAUGAUCCGUGUCUCGUGCGGGGCGUGGGCACGAAUUUCGAGGAACCGCCGUUCCAGGUUGGAGGCACGCUGUAUCUGCCCAAGGUCAACGGUGUGUCUGCCAAUGCGGAGAUUGGAGAGAUUAAUGGGCCGGAGGAGCUGAGGUUGAAGAGGCCGUUUCGAGGAGGAGUAGCGAUGCAGCAGACGACGGGAAGGGAUGAUAUGACCAAAGACGGGAAGUUUAUCAAUGGUGCGGAAGGGAAGACGGGUCCUGCGCCUGAUUUUCAGGGAACGGAUUUCUUGGUGGCGCCGAAGCUUAAUCAAAAGGAGGUCUAUGAUAAGGUGCAUGCUGUGCUUCAUGCCGGUGGGAGUGUGGGCAUUUUUCCUGAGGGAGGUAGCCAUGAUCGGACUGACCUCUUACCAUUGAAAGCUGGCGUCGCCAUCAUGGCACUGGGCACCGUCGCCGAAAAACGCGACUGCAACCUCAAGAUCGUCCCUGUAGGGAUGAAUUAUUUCCACGCCCAUAAGUUCCGAUCACGAGCUGUCAUUGAGUUCGGCAAUGCCAUUGAUAUUCCAAUGGAUCUGGUUGACAGAUAUGUCGCCGGAGAGAGGCGAGAGGCCAUUGGCACCAUGUUGGAGAUCGUUCGGGAUGCUCUCCUCUCUGUUACUGUUACCGCGCCAGAUUACGAGACACUCAUGCUCAUUCAGGCCGUACGGCGCCUCUACAACCCGCAGGGCAAGCGUCUCCCGCUACCAUAUGUCAUCGAGCUCAAUCGCCGCUUGAUCCAAGGCUACACCCGUUACAAGGACGAUCCACGCAUUAUUGACCUCAAGAAGCAAGUCCUUGAAUACAACCGCCGGCUCUUCGCGGUCGGCAUUCGAGACCAUCAACUUUCCUACGCCAAACGCGACUUCGUCACCAUCUUCUUCACCUUCUGGUACAGGCUCAUCAAGCUGUGCCUCCUUUCUAUCCUGGUUAUUCCCGGGCUGCUCCUCUUCUCCCUCGUCUUCAUCUUCACAAAAUGGAUCUCCAUCAAGAAGUCUAGAGAAGCGCUCGCGGCGUCCAACGUCAAGAUCCAUGCGCGCGACGUCAUGGCUACCUGGAAACUGCUCGUCGCGCUCGUCGUUGCGCCCCUCUCUUAUACGUUCCACGUCACGUGGGUGACUUGGCUGUACUGGUACAACAACUUCUUUGGCUAUGUUCCCCCGGGAAUACCCCUCAAGGUGCUCAUCAUCGCGCAAGUCAUUAUCUACCCCACAAUCACGUACGCCGCCCUCCGCUUCGGCGAGGCGGGGAUGGACAUCGCAAAGUCCCUCUGGCCCUUGCUCAAACUCAUGAGCCCCUUUUCAGGCAGCGAGCUCGUCCGGCUGCAGAAGCGAAGAGAAGAGCUCGUGAAGAACGUAAAUGACAUCAUCAACACGCUCGGCCCGGAGAUGUUCCCGGACUUUGACUCGAAGCGCAUCAUCAAGGAGCCAUGGACGCAUACCCCGCCGCCGGCUUCGCCCACGAGCACCACGCCGGACAAGGGACAACAACAACGCAUCCCUGCUGUCCGCGCGAGGAGACCUACAUCCCCGUCUGCGGGCCGAGACGGUGCCGCUCUCCCCGUGUCGCCAGGAAGCGAUAGCUCGCACGAUGCGCAUCUCAUCUCGCGCAACGAGUCGUUUGGGGAUCUCACCAACCAGGAUUUCUUCUCGACGCGGCCGUCUACACCUAGGAAGGGGCAUAGCAGAAAGGGCACGGGCGAGCAUGGCGUGGGUACCGGGUUCCAGCUCAGGGAGUUUGUGAGUCUGGAGGAGGUGAGUCGGGGGAUCCGGGCGGCGAUGAGGGAGCGGGGGAGGAGGAGGAGCGAUAUGGAUGUUCAUGGGCAGCUGAGUGGGUCUGAUACCGAGACGGAGAGUGUGGCGAGUAGUGCUGGUGGUGGAGGGGUGGAGAUGGGAGGGAGGAGGAAGGCGAAGGUGAAUUAGUGAAGGGAAGUGAAGAAGGGGCCGGGGGGCGGGGAUAUGAGCGGCGAGAGGGCUGGAGUUGUAGGAUUUUCUU